AUGGGGUUUUCAAUACUGGAGGCAAUUCCAAUACUCCAAGCCAUUCAUUCAAUGUCAUUUGUGGAUGAGACGAGGAGGAAUGGUGUUCUUGUUGGAUUGGGCUGUUGGAGUGAUGGUGGUUUGGGUGUUGGGAGAAAGGGUGUUGGCUUUUGCUUGGGUGUUGAUUUUGGUGUUGGGGGUUAUGGUGUUCUUGUUGGCUUGGGAUGUUGGAGUGGUUUUGGCUUGGGUGUUGGGAGGAAGGGUGUUGGCUUUGGCUUGGGUGUUGGGAGUAAGGGAGUUGGAUAUGGCUUGGGUAUUGGUUUUGAUGGUGGGGGUUAUGGUGUUCUUGUUGGCUUGGGCUGUUGGAGUGGUGUUGGCUUUGGUGUUGGCAUGGGUGUUGUGAGGAAGGGUGUUGGCUUUGGCUUGGGUGUUGGUUUCGGUGUUGGGGAUUGUACAAGUUCCAUUGCGUUAAUCUGGUGCAUCUCAUUUAGAUAUUUAGCCCCUUGUGUCAAUUCGUCUGCAGCGGCCGCAACCUUCCUCAAACAUGAUGCAAGAUUUUGUGGAAUUGGUGAUUGCUCAGUAAGAUUGGAUGUCAUGUCAUCCCCAGCUUGUGGUAGUGGUGGUUCCACAUUUUGUUGA